UUUUUUACUUGAUCUGUGUUUUUUGUUGCUGUCGGCAGCUGCCUGCCCAGAGGACACGCGGGAAAGCAGAUGGCACUGGCGGUGAGACUCAGCAAAGAAAACAAAACCCCGGGGAGGAGUUUGAUGUCUACCUCCAGAAUGUAAAAGCCCAAUCGGACGCUUUCAGGGGCAACAGACUGCCGUCCGACACCAACGUGGUGACUCCCAACACCGAGUGCAGCUGGGACUUCACCACCAAGACCCGCUCCACCAACGAUGACGGGACCUCGCUGGACCUGGAGUGGGAGGACGAGGAAGGAAUCAAUCGCGGCCUCCCGGCCUGGGAGAGGUCCCGGACGGAGGAGGACAUCCUGCGAGCAGCCCUGAGGCCCGGCGGCAAGCAGGUGACCAGCGGCCCCACCUCGGCCUCGGAGGACUCCAACGCGCUGGAGUGGGAGAACGAUUUCGUGGGUACCCACCCGGAGGACAAUGCGGACACGGAGUUUGAAGGGUUCGUCAACCCGGUCCUAGACACUCCCUCCGAGGACGCCCCGCCCUGUGGCCUCAGGUCGGACAACCAGGACAGAUAGUGUCCAGCACCGAAGGAGACGCUCGUCGUGUCCUCUUCACGUCAAAGCUCACCAGCUUUUUUUUUUUCUUUGCUUUUUUUUUGCCUCAUGAAAAGGAAAUGUACGUAGUUGCUCUUCCGUUAUGUGAGACUGAUGCUGCGGGGAAACGGUUGCGUAUCGCCCCACUACAGUACAAUGUAGUGGGGCGAUUCUAUUAAAAUACUUGUUUGUUUUUUUCCAGUGCCUUCAUUUGCCAUAAUAGCCGACCAUUCAUGCAUUGUGACUUAAAGAGAUCAGUUAGCAUCUCACACCGUUUGACACAUCAAGCAUCACCAAACAAACUGCAGAAGAAGUCCGGCUCAGCCUCCAGUCUCUCGCCUUAGUUUCAGCUCUGCCCUUCAGUUUAAUUAAGUUGUUGCAUGAUGACAAACAAAGAAACUGAUUUCCAUAUAAAAGGAAUGAAUAUUAGACCAAAUUAUUUUGACAAAUCAGUGGACCCGGGAUCGUUUCUUCUUCAUCAUCCUCAUCACAGAUUGAUUGAUCUUCAGUCCUACGUUUGAUUGACAGCGGUCUACGCCCGAGUACCCAGCAUGCCGUCGAGCAGCAGCGCCGUCAGUGCAUGCUCUCUGAGGAGAAAGCACCCGCUGCAGUCACAUUACCAAUGUGGGACCUAUCGAAAGAACUGCGUAACUGUAAUGUGCAUUUUCUGAUAUUUGUAUAGACCAUCACAUAGUGCACCAAUGAGACAUUCAAAACGGCUGAAAACACUGUCGAGCUCAUAGAUACAUAAUUAAGCACACACACACAAUGACAAUGACUCCCCUUCAUUGGUCCAUUGUAGCACAUCUGGUUUUUAAACUGCUGUUUUUCUUUCUUUCUUCUUCACUUAGAUUUUAUUAAAAGAUUUUUUUAUUUUUUUUUACAUGUCAAAAACAACAGCACAGAACAGCAACAUCAUUGCCAGGUACCAUGACAUCCUCAGCUCAGACGUCUACGUAUAAUGGAUUAUUAAGGACAGCAGGUCUUUAUGCAUCCCUACAAUAUUUAAAAUAUAAUUAUCUAUGAUUAUUUCAGCAAAUAGCUGAUCUACACCGGCCUUUUUCACAGACGGACCGCUCCUAAACGGCCAGUUGUUCUCAUCAGCUGGUUGAUGAUGAUGUUCAUCGUACUUCCAGUGUUCCUACAACGGCCUGGAAAAUAUGGAACGAUAUAGAAAUUCUCUCAUUUAAGAAGCUGCAUUAAUCAGUAUGUUGGUUAUUGUCGAUCGGAGGAUGUGUGUUAUACGUCACACAUCCUAACCGCUAGGGUAAAGCUAAAUCAUCAAACUGUUAAUGUGGACCAUUGCUCUGAAAUACAGGGAAUAAUAGCAGAAUAUACAACAUCGGUGGAACAUAAAGGGAGACACCUUUCACUUCAUGUACCACCACUGGUUUCUGAUUGGUUGCUGGCAUUUUGGUGUUCAGGAGACAAAUUCUUUUUAAGUGUUGUGAUUUUUUUUUUCUUUCUUUAAUCUUGUGUGAAAUCCAAAGCAGUUACUCUGAACUAAAGAGAUUGAUCAAUCAUAGUUAUAAUGAAUGAGUUGAGAUUGAGUGAGUCUGGAUGAGAACAAGAUGAAUCUGGUGUAAACUUCCAAAGCUGCUCUCCCAAGGUAUAUAUAUAUAUAUCCUUUAUUUUGUCCCAUCACGUAGUGCUCUUCACAUCGAUUAGUCUGAAUCAGAAGUACACUGAUUGCACUGCAGAGUGUGUGUGUGUUAGAGUGUUAGAAGACACUCACUGAAAUGAGCCACGUGUGUGUGAAGAGGAAACUGAUCUGAGAACUGUGUUCUGCUGCUGUUGAAGUGUGCGGACGGGACACAGCAGUCUUUUUUCCUUCUUAAUAUCCGAGUGUGUUUUUGCGAUGUUAUGCUUUCCUGUGAUCACAUGAUCUCUGAUUUAAUCACUGUUCACUUUCUGUAAUGUAACUUAACAUUCCUUUUCCUGUGAGAGAGAGAGAGAGAGAGAGAGAGAAUAAAAUCUGGAACCAUGUACGGGGCAUCACAUCCACUCACUGUAAUGACUAGGAGUAGAUCGUUUAUGUAGAUUUGGUCAUUUUCACACCAGCAGAACUAAACUAAAAUACUAAAACUAAAAUAAGUUAUGGCUUUAGAGAACUACAGGCAGCACCCGAACCACACGUUUAAAUGGAUCGUUCUCUACUGAAGAGCUGUGGAUGUUCUGCAAUGAGGUUCUCUGAAACAGGAGGUACUGUAUAUCUAAGACGAGAGACAGGGCUGUCCCUUAAUGCUCGCAUUGCACUGCGUUUCUUUGACUGUGUUUUCAGUUCAUCCACCAAAACCUCUUUACACUGUACAGCUAAUCUCUUUUUUUUAAUUAAAGUUGGUACUAGUAA